AUGUCCUGCCCUCUCAGGACGUCACUUUUGACGAGUCCGUCCCCUACUACCGCCUCUUCCCCUACCGCACUGCCCCGCUCCCCCCCCCCGCCUCUCUUCCUCGCUCCAGGUGCUGCUGUGCUAGACCCCCUCCCCCCUCAGGGUGCCGCUCCCUCAGGUGUGUCCCAGGUAGACCCGGUUGAGCCUGUCGAGGUAGCUGUCGACUCUCGUCCUGCUAGGGGUGCUGAGUCUGAGCGUGCGGAGCCUGGGGGUGCGGAGCCUGGGGGUGCUGAGCCUGGGGUUGCGGAGUCUGGGGGUGCUGAGCCUGGGGGUGCUGAGCCUGGGGGUGCGGAGUCUGGGGGUACUGAGCCUGGGGGUGCUGAGUCUGGAGGUGCUGAGCCUGGGAGUGCUACACCUGGAGGAGCCCUCUCCUCACAGCAGCUGCAGGAGAGGUACUUACAGUACUGCAGCCUCAAGAGCGGUGCUUCUGGAGCCAGGAGUGCUGCUGGAGCUGGUACUAGUGCUUCCCCUCCUAGACGGGAGCUGCCCUCCCUUCAGCGGAUCCGAGAGUGGUACACGCGGCGCUGCAGUCUUCGGAGUGGCGCUCCUGGUGUCGCGGACCCUGGUGCUGGAGGUGCUGCUGCUGCUGGUGCUGCUGGUGCUGCUGGUGGUGCUGCUGGUCCUGGACCUGCUGCUGGUGCUGGAGCUGCUGGAGGUGCUGCUGCUGGCGCUGCUGCUAGCGCUACUCGUGGUGCUGCUGGUGCUGCUGGAGGUGCUGCUGGUGCUGCGGACCCUGGAGUUGGAGCUGCUGCUGGUGCUGCGGACCCUGGAGUUGGAGCUGCUGCUGGUGCUGCGGACCCUGGAGUUGGAGCUGUGGCUGGUGCUGCGGACCCGGACGUUGGAGCUGCUGCUGGUGCUCCGGACCCGGGAGUUGGAGCUGCUGCUGGUGCUGAGGACCCUGGCGCUGGUGUCUCUGCUGGUUCUGGAGACGCUACGCGGCCGCGACCGUACUUCGUGCCGCUCCUUCAGCAGGUUCUUGGUCAGACUCCUCCUCCUUGUCCUCCUCCCUCCUUAGAGUGUCCUCCGCCUGUCCAGUCGCAGUCACAGUUACCGCCUGCCUCGCCUCUCCCUGGUCCUUCUCCUUACACUGGUCCCACAGGAGGUCUUACGGAGCGUCGUGAGCCUGAGUCUCGUCCUGUGUCACCUGCGUCUCGCUCUGCGUCGCCUGUUCGUGCUGCUCGCACUGGUCGUCGUGUCCCGCGUGAGCGUCCUCCUCCUGUCCCUGGCACUCACUACAUGACUUUGCUGUCAGAAUCACUAGGCAAGAAUGAAUGA